AUGGAGUCUGCUUCUGUCACAAGCUCAUCUCGGACCGCUCAUGUUGAUACCGAAUUCGACUACAGCAGAGCCGCCGAAACGCCAUCGAAGCUACCCACGGAUGCGUUCCAACUUGAAGAACUGACCUCGACAUCACGUCCGUGGCAUGGAAGGCCCAGUGGGGUUCUGGCCUCGAGAUUUCCUCGUCUGGCACGCUUCGUGCGGUAUCUCAGGGGGCCCCGCCCAAAGGUCGAUCUGCCUGACCCAACUCCCUUCCUGAACCUUACCCUGCACGGCGGUCGCCGUUCGUACAGUCUUGCGCUUGAGCCCGCCCUCGUUCGUGCAGCUCGCCCGUUCAGGAACCCAUGGUUAUUCGUGGUCCUCGCUGCGGGAUACAUCAUCGGCUUCGCUUUCUUCGCCCGUGCGCAGUCGUAUCUGACCCCUGCAGACUCGUUCAUCAGUUGUACAUCGACGUACUGGGCUGCCAAUAAUGGAUGCGGGCUAGAUGGGGAGAACUGCGAGCCGUUCAGUAACUCGACGUUUGACUUCCGGUGUCCAGCCUCGUGCAGUUCUGUAGUACUGCAGAACCCACGGACAGUGGGCGAUGUACAAGUCGAUUGGGUUCCGCUCAUUGUGGGCGGUGGAGAUGACAAUCGAACAUAUCGAGGAGACACGUUCCUUUGUGCGGCAGCAAUCCAAUCUGGCCUUAUUACCGAUUCCAAAGGCGGUUGCGCGUCUCUGGCGUUAAUUGGAAAUUACACAGACUACCGCCCCUGGACAGCCAAUGGUCUGACCUCCAUAGGCUUCCCCUCUGUCUUUCCCCUCUCCUUCCAGUUCUCGCCUACGACGCCUCUGCAUCAUUGCACAGACCUCAAUACACCUGCGCUUGCCUUCAAUGUCGCGGUUACAGCGCUCAUCUUCCUUGUCUUACGUCCCAAGCCCAUCGUGACCUUUUGGAGCCUUGUUUGCAUCGGUUUUUGGCAUGUCGCGCUCUUUUCAGAGCCCAUGGCAACACCGCCGCCGUUGGAUCAGGCCUUCCAGGCCUUUCUUCCUGCGUUGUUUGUAGCGUACGCAUUUUGGAGGCUCGCAUUUCGCUUCACAUUGCCAGCGUUCCGAAAAGCACCUAUAGAGGCUGCCAUCUGGUACCUCCCAACGUUUUGGGCUGGUGUCUUGACGAAUAAGACAAUGGACAAGAUACCCAUAGAACGCCUUACUGGCUCCGACCUCAAAACGCAGCCAGGCGCUAUCACCGCACUCAUUGUUAUUGUCGUCAUAAUCCUGGUCAUUGUCCUCAAUCAGAUUCGUGUCAUACGCAAAACUGGAUGGCUACCAUACUAUUUGGGCUGGUAUGUAGCCGGCGGCCUCACAGCUAUGGUAUUGGCGCUGUUGCCUGGACUGGAGUUCCGCCUACAUCAUUACAUUCUUGCCAUGGUCCUCAUCCCUGGGACCGGGCUCCCGACUCGGUUGUCGGCUAUAUAUCAAGGUUUCCUCCUAGGCAUGUUCCUAAAUGGGGUGGCGGCUUGGGGCUUUGCAUCGAUUCUGCAGACCGCAGCUGACCUACAAGGAGACGGUGCUUCGGGCUCGGCCAUGCCCUCUUUCGUAACGAGCUCUAUGAAUUGGAACGUAUCGAGCCCUCUCCACGAGCAAACCAUAUUUUGGACAUCGCUUCCAGAUGCGAGCGAGGGUUGGACGGGAUUCUCCCUGAUUGUCGACGGUGUUGAGCGAUACGUCGGGACGGCUCUCAACUUCUCGCUCGCUUCGUUGCAGGCGGGUCUGCCGCAUUUCUUCCGCCUGGCCUACGUCGAUUCGGAUACCAGUUUGACAGGUGAUUACACGAUGCCCGCAACUUUGUGGCCUAAUGGGUCGUGGGUCGACCCUCUUCCCGGGACUUCUACAUGA